AAAAGUUUAAUGACCGUUUUCACUUUUAUUCACUGAGAACGGCGGUUCGGAGCUCAGUAAGCGAUCGAUUCUCUUGGCGCGCAGUUCGGAGCUCCCUAAAUCUCGUCGCAAUGGCCAGUUCCACUUCCGUAAUCCCCAAUUCCGUAAUCCCCACAACCGUAAAUCCCGAUCUUCAGAAGGAACGCGAUGCGGCCAGCUUUUCCAGCGAAGAAUUCGCCGCCUGGUGGGCUGGAGGCGAGGAGAUUCUAAAGUUCAACCGGGGCGUUCGUGAAUAUAUGCAAAAGGAUGUGGACGUUCUGGAGAUGCUGCAGCUGCAGAACAAAUCGCACGAGGAGAUCAUCGAGUUCUCCACGCGAGGAGCCAUCGAGGCGGCCAAGAAGAUGCGCCGCCUGCAGGAGGAGCGUAAUCCUGGCGGAACCGAUUACUGGCCGAAUCUAUAUGACCAUCAUGUGAUGUGGGGUCUGGUUCCCGGCGGCAAUCCCUUUGGCGUUAUGUACGUGAUGCUGGUGAAAGCUCUGCAGGCUCAAUGCACUCCGGAGCAGUACGAGGACUUUGGCAAGCGGCUGGAACGCUUCGAGAUUUGCGGCACCUAUGCGCAAACAGAACUGGGUCAUGGCACCUAUCUGCGAGGUCUGGAAACCCGGGCUGAUUUCGAUCCCAAAACAGAUGAAUUUGUACUCAACACCCCGAAGAUUUCCUCCUACAAGUUUUGGCCAGGAGGCUUGGGUCACAGUUCCAACUACUGCCUGGUGAUGGCUCAACUGUAUAUAGACAACAAAUCCAAGGGACCGCACAUGUUCUUCAUCCAGGUGCGCGAUGAGGAGACCCACGAACCUCUGCCUGGCGUCCACAUUGGUGACAUUGGCAAGAAGAUGGGCUUCAUUGGCGUGAACAAUGGCUUCCUGGGCCUGAAGAAUGUGAGGAUACCUCGUACCCGCAUGCUGAUGCGACAUGCCCAGGUCAACGCCGAUGGCUCCUACGUCAGUAGUCCCACCAAUGUGCUGACCUACUUCGCCAUGGUGCGCACGCGCUGUGUAAUUGCCAAGAAUAACGCCUUGAUGUUGGCGGGAGCCUCCACCAUUGCCACCAGAUACUCGGCUGUGCGUCGCCAGAGUCCCAUAAACCCCAAGGAACGCGAGCCCCAGAUCAUCGAUCACGUUACGCAGCAAAUGAAACUCUUCCCCGAGAUCGCCACCAGCUUGGCCUACCGGCUGUCCAGCGAUUACCUGUGGAAUCUGUACGAUGUGACCAUUGAGGAUAUAGAAAACGGCAGGUACGAGCGUCUGCCGGAGCUGCAUUCCCUGUCCUGCGCCUUGAAAGUAACCUGCUCCAUGGAUUCCGCCGCUGGCGUGGAGAGAUUGCGCCUGGCCUGUGGCGGUCACGGCUACCUCACCUCAUCCAAUAUGAGCAACCUUUAUGUGAAUGCCACUGCAGCCUGCACUUAUGAGGGGGAGAACACGGUACUGCUGCUGCAGAUCGGUCGCUUCUUGAUGAAAACCUGGCGAGCUGCCCUCAGUGGAGCUCCAUUGCCGCCCACCGUUCGCUAUCUAAGCGAGGUGCAGAAGAAUCCGGAGUUUGGCAAGUGGACAGGUAGUUGGGAGAACAUGGUGAAGGCCAUGCAAUACGCAGCCGCCAAUAAGAUCCGCGUGGCUUUCAAGAGCCUUUCCAACCGUCUUUCUAGGGGCGAGACCGAGGAGAAUGCUGCGAAUCACACGGGCAUAGAGUUCACCCAGGCAGCAGAGCUUCAUGGUCGUGCCUUCGUUUUUGGUUGCUUCACCGAGGCGGUGACGGGUCCGAAAUCUAAGACUCGUUCAGCUGCUUUUAAUCAAGUCCUGGAGAACCUCUUGGAACUCUACCUAGUCAAGGAGACACUCAACCAACUAAAAUACCUGCUAAUGUUUAUUGAGUUGACCGAUACGGAUCUCACCCGGCUGCAGGAUCGCUUGGAAACUGUGCUUACCAAGCUGCGACCCGAUGCUGUGGCCAUUGUGGAUGGCUUCGAUUUCAGUGAUCUCCAAUUGAACUCAACUUUGGGCUCUUACGAUGGCAAUGCAUAUGAGCGCAUUUUCGAUGCGGCUCUUAAAAACCCAGUUAACCAGAAAUCAGUGCCAAAGUCCUUCCACGAGAUCCUGAAACCCUUCAUGAAGUCCAACAUCUAGUGCCUAGCACAUCGUUUUAUAAAUCAUUUUCAUUAUCUAAAGCCAAGCUUAAUUUAAUGUAUAUGUGUACCCCACUGUAUUGGUGAUUUGCGUGAUUAUAACCAGUUUUGUUAUUAUUUUUGUAAUAAAUACUCUUAAAUAAUUUGUCUCAACA